AUGUCUAACAUAAAUUUUCAAAUUGUACCUACAGAAUCUCUUGAUCCUACACUUAUUCUGCACAGUAGAAUUGAGUUAAAAACGUGGACUGGAGAUGUAAAAAUAGAAAUUAAAAGUUUUUACGACGCAAUUGAACAUGCUUUACAAGAUACUUCACUUGAUAUUCAAAAACAAGAAAGACUAAAUGUUUUAAAGGAAAUGCCUGAAGAUACAACAGAUUUAACAAAAUUUGAUGGCAAUGACCCAUUAAGAAUAGAAGUUAUUGAUAUAUCUUAUGAGUGGGCUCGUUCUUAUCUUAAAAAUGAUACAAUUGAUUUUCUCAAGGUAACCAUAGAUAAUUUUAACCAGUAA